UAUAUAAUCCCCUGAAGCAACCACCCCCCGAAGAAAGUUACCAAUAACUAACUCCUCCAACCUCUUCCACAAACCAUGCAUGCUUCUUCUUCUUCCUCUACCUCGCUGCUUCUCCAGAAUCUUCUUGGGGAUUUCCAUUCAAGAAGGUUGCUCCUUCUCCACAACCCGCUUAACUCACAGGCCAGCCCUCCGGCUUCCUUAAACACCCGCAAUUCGACAGACAACUACCUCGGGAGUGGCAACUUCGAUGCAAAUGUUGUUAUGGUGCUCUCCGUGUUACUGUGUGCUCUUCUUUGCUCUCUGGGCUUGAACUCCAUCAUAAGGUGUGCCCUGAGGUGUUCCGAUCUGGUGGUUAGCUUCGAGUCCGGGAGCAAUAACCCUCCGGCUCGAUUGGCCAACACUGGAUUGAAGAAGAAGGCUCUCAAGACUUUCCCCACCGUAAACUAUUCUGCCGAGCUGAAGCUUCCGGGUUUGGACACGGAGUGCGUGAUAUGCUUGUCAGAGUUCACCAAUGGCGAACGUGUCAGGAUUUUGCCAAAGUGCAACCAUGGCUUCCAUGUGAAAUGCAUUGACAAGUGGCUGAGUUCCCACUCGUCCUGUCCCAAGUGCAGACAGUGCCUGGUUCAAACUUGCCAGAAGAUUGUCGGAUGCACCACCCAGGCUAGCUCGUCCCACCAACCCGAAACCAUUGUCACGAUCGCGCCGCUCGAUCCAGAAGGUCUGGUUCGUAACUACAGGGAAGUGAGCACUUAAUUCAGUGGUAAUUGGUCAAUGUGUGUAUAGUGUUAAACUUCUGAGUCUGUUUUCCUUUUUCUUUUUUCGUUUGAUCCCUAAAUGUACAGAGCUAGUUCCGAAUGUAGCUGCAUUCUUUUUCAAUAGUAAAUUACCUGGAGCAAAAA